GUACUAUCCUUGUGACCUGCAACUUUCAUUCAUGUCGAAAGACAUAGCGAAGAUUAAGGAAGACGUCAAGAAUGAUCUCGUGAAACUCAGGGAUGAUCUUAAACAGGAAAUGAAAUUGUCGCGCGAAUCGUUUGAGAGGGACCUCAGAAAUGAAAUGCGUGAAAUUCGAAAUGAGCAACGCAGCGUUGCACAGAGCCUCGAGUUCGCUCAUAAAACCAUAGAAGACCUGAAAAGCCAACUAGCAGCUGCAGUAGCAAAAAAUACUGAAUUAACCAAUAGUAACAAAGAACUGCAGGCAAAAUGCCAGACACUUGAGAAUCAUACAGGGUACCUGGAGAAACGCCUGGUUCACCUUGAACAGUAUUCGAGAAACUCUAAUAUUGAAAUUCAAGGCGUCCGAAAAGAAGAAAAUGAAAACGUUCUGAGCGUCCUCUCAAAGAUUGGAGAGGCUAUUAACGAGCCUGUUCAAAAAUCUGACAUAGAAGUAUGUCAUCGCGUUCCAACCCGCAAUCCUGAUCGAAGCAACAUUAUAGUUCAGUUCAAGUCUAGGGCAAAGCGAGAUCUGAUGCUAAAGAAAGCAAAGAAGAUGCGCAUCCGCAACAAUGAUAUCGGACUUUCAGACGAUGCGCAGAUCUACGUAAAUGAGCACCUCUGCCCUGCUCUGAAGCGCCUGCUUGGCAUGGCGGUGAAGCGCAAGCAUGAGAAGCACUGGAAAUCCGUUUGGUCUUUCAAUGGGAAAAUAUUCGCGCGGAAGUCUGACGAUUCCGGUACCAUACAGAUCGCCCGUGAAGUUGACCUUGAAAAAAUUAUCUAAUAGAAGCUUUCAGCGUUUCACAGCUACCAAAGUAAAACAAUCAAA